AUGGAUGGUCUAUUGAUCAAUACUGAAGAUAUAUACACCGAAGUAACCAAUGAAUUAUUAGAAGAACAUGGCAAAGGCCCCUUGAGCUGGGAUGUCAAGAUCCAGCUGCAAGGACGUCCAGGUCCUGAAGCUUCAAGAUUGUUGAUUGAAGCUUAUGAUUUACCAUACACUCCAGAGGAAUUGAUUGAGAAAAACAUCAAAAAACAAGAAACAAAAUGGCGCAAAUGUAAAUUUUUGCCAGGUGCAGCUGAAUUACUACAAUAUCUUCAUUCUCAAGAAAUUCCAAUUGCAUUAGCAACUUCAUCAAAUAGAAUCAAUUUUGAACGUAAAACUGGUCAUUUAAAGGACAUUUUCAAGUUAUUUGGAGAACAUAUUGUCACUGGUGAUGAUGAAAGAAUACCAAAAGGUAGAGGUAAGCCUUUUCCAGAUAUUUGGUUAACUGCAUUAAAAUCAUUAAAUUCUCAAUUAAAAGAAGGUGAAACUGAUAUUAAAGCUGACCAGUGUUUAGUAUUUGAGGAUGCCUUACCUGGAUUAAUUGCUGGUAAAGCUGCAGGUGCUUUUGUUAUUUGGGUUCCAGACCAUAGAGCUUUGAAAGUUAUGAAUGGUGAAGAACAUGAUCAUAUCAAAGACCAUGGUGAAAUUUUAAGCUCAUUGACCGAAUUUUCAAAAGAAAAGUAUGGCUUAUAA